UCUCCUGGAACGCACGCGCCCAGCUCAGAGCCCUUCAAUGGAGAACCUGCAAGGAGACGACGACGCACACGCACUCCCGAGCUUCCCCUAUUUCGCCGUGCCGUCGCCUCCGCUUGCGCCCCCGAUCUUAUCAUCGGAUGAUCAGCAUAGUACCCUCGCAGCCCUCCAACAGCAGCAGCCGCCGGCGUGCAAUAACCUUCCUCUGGGCCCUGAUCAGCUGGCGGCAACGGUGGCGCCGAUGAUUCUCCCGGCGAUGGACUGGUCGUCGCUGCUCCGGCAGGCCAGCUUGAUGAGCCCGGCCUUGCCGGGGCUGCAAGAGGCCGUGCAGAUGGACCAGAGCGGGGAGAACGAUGGCGCUGAGGCAGGGGGCAGCGGGAGUAGUGGUAAAGAGAAGGCGGCAAAGGGCGGCGGCAAAGGGAGGUCAGGGAAGAAGAAGAUGAGCAGGCCGCGGUUCGCGUUCCAGACGAGGAGCGUGAACGACAUCCUGGACGACGGCUACCGGUGGAGGAAGUACGGACAGAAGGCCGUCAAGAACAGCGCCAACCCCAGGAGCUACUACCGGUGCACCCAUCACACGUGCAACGUGAAGAAGCAGGUGCAGCGCCUGGCCAAGGACACGAGCAUCGUCGUGACCACGUACGAGGGCGUCCACAACCAUCCCUGCGAGAAGCUCAUGGAGGCGCUCAGCCCCAUCCUGAAGCAGCUCCAGUUCCUCUCACAGUUCUAAUAUGAAUCGUGAUCGAAUGGUCGAUCAUUACGGUCAAGCAAUACAAACAUUAAUACAUAUUGUAUAUUGUAGCACUGUAAACUUAGAUAUGUAAGCCAACUCGAAGGGGGGGAGAAAAGGAGAAAAAAGUGCCUACCUCCCCAUUAUAUUCUGCUGAUCACACAUAUGCAUGCUAUAUAUGUUUUAGAAAAACACUGAUCCUCUAUAUAUGUGCGUACCCUGUGCACUGGUGGUGUAAAUAUGUACAUCGUGUAUAUUAAGUUUUGCAAAUAUGUAUUGAGCAAACAAUAUAAUCCAAAGUCAUUUUCAUU